AUGAACUCUUCGGUCUGUGAGGUGUCACUGAUGUCACAAAGAGAUGUGGACAACUUCUCCCUUAAUGUGGCCAGCCAAUCUGAGCCUAUGCAACUAGAAUGGAUAUUACUUCCCUUUCACCAGGAAAUGUGGAUCUUUCUACUUCCUACCACCGUUUGCUUUGUAGCUGCCAUUUUAGUGACACCUCCAAUUCUGGUCUCUAUCUUUUCCAACUUCAGCCUGCGUCAGGAAACUCGGUUCCUGCUCCUCGGAAAUGCUCUGAUAUCAGAUUUGAUAUACCUGUUUUUAUACACUAUGAGCAGCAUAUGUAACAUGACCAGCCUACAUGUCUCAGAACACUUGUGUGCACUGCUUCUGUUUUCACUGGCUGUAACCUACGGUGGUGGCGUCCUCACAGCAGGAGGAAUGGUGGUGGACACAUACUUGGCCAUUCUGUGGCCUCUACAUUACUUGACCGUUCUACCUCCAUCAAGAACUAAAAAGUUGAUCAUCUUGCUGUGGUUCUUUUCGUGCCUCUUUGCUGGUGUCUUGUUUUUAGUCUUGUACUUUACAAAGAAACCUGCUCCAUGCCAGUAUAGUUUGUGUUCUCUACCAGUCAUAUUUCUUAUGACGUUACACGGUGACCAGGCUAUCAGGCUGUGUCAUAUUUUUUUUAUCACUGGUUUCAUUUUAUUCUUUUCAUUGAUUUUGUGCUGCUACAUAUUCUUGUGCUACAAAACCAGAGAACGUGGCUUGUGGAAAGGUGCUUCGUCUAGGGCGAGUGUCACGUUCCUGAUGCAUCAUAUCAUCCUAGGGUCCUACUUCCUCCCUCUUCUUCUUCUGUUGGCAGAAUCCUUACUGUACAUUAAUCAGGUUAUAAGUCUAAAGACAGGAAUGCUGAUCACAUUGACAAUCUGCAAUGUCCUUAUAGUCUUGCCUAAGGGUGUGUCUCCAUACCUAUAUGGGUUCAGAUACAGGGAGAUAUAUAGAUCUCUCAGGUUAUUCUGCAAAUUUAAGCGGCGCAGUCUUGUAGCACCAGGUAAAACAUACACUUGA